AUGCCGUUAUUGUGGGAGAAUACAUCGUCAUCAUCGUCCACUGAUUAUACCACUCGUAUGAUCGAGAGCGCGUGGCGGAGGAUAUUGGCCAUUGCACAAAACCAUUUGCAUGAAGACCGACAGCAACCAUCACCAGGUGAUUCAAACUCUAACACACGACAUGAUUCGCAACGGUCAUCACAAGAAUUUUAUGAUCGAGAGCGCCGUAUGGUUCAUGCACUUGACACGUUGUUUCAGUUGGCAUAUGAAGGCUCCGGGUAUCUUGCCUUCAUCUCGACCAUUAUAUCCACACUUGAUUCUGAGAGUCCAGUAGCCAUGGCAUUCUUGAGCCACAUUAUUGACCGAGCAGCAUUACCAUCACGUGAAACCAUGGCAUCAGUAUCAAACGUCAUUUUGGAUCGACUCAACAAACCCAGCACGCGUCCUUUCUUUUCUCGUCGUACAACAGCUGCUUCAGAUUGGAAACAACAAUGUCCUCAAUGUGGGUGCGAUGCAGCGGGAAGUAGUAGUGAAUCGUUACAACAACAGCAGCCAUCCUCCUCCAACACUCCCAAUGGGAAGCGUGCAAUGGGACCCAGUGCAGUGUUGCGAUUGAAUGCGGCGUCAUUGUGGUCAUUGCUUGCAGAGAAAUUCGCUGGUGAUCUAUGUCAAGAACUGUGGCAUGAGCAAGUAGGCGACUUGUUGCUACAUUUGCUAGCAGAUACUGGGGAAGAUCUUCGAGUAAGAACAUUCGCAUUGAUUGCAUUGGAAAAGUUUGCCUUGACAGGGCCCGUCAAGAAGGCUAUCCUAAAGCAUCCAUGCAAUAUUCGUGUCAUUUUACGUGCCGUAGUACGGGAGUGUGAGUUGGCACAUCAGCGUAUUUAUCUCAAGACACCCUAUUAUUACUAUUCGCCAUCAGCAUUAUCAUCCUCAUCCACGGCUACGACAGCAACAAACAUGUCGGAUGUUUCAACAAAGUCACCAUUGCCAUCACCCAGACAAAAGACAAAAUCGUCUCCAUGGAAACACAAAGAUGGCAUCAAGUCUCGUUUACACAAUGCAUGGCAAGAUUGCAAAAUCCAUUGGGAUCACCUAAUCCACCGUAAAAGGCAGCACCAGCAUCACGAUGUCACAUUGCAGCAGCAGCUAGACGAUGAAAAGGACACAUCUUCACUUGAUCAGGAUCCCAUCAAACGUCGUGCAAGCCCUAUUGAGUUUAGCAGCCUCAACAGCUUUGAUACGGGGUUCAUGCCACCGGAAGGUAAAUUGCGUGAUGAAUGGACAUUGUAUGUUCAGCUCGCACACUGUGCUCGUUGGGCCCUCGACAAUGUUUUUGCCGAUACCAGCACGAGUACCACUGAUUCACCAACAAAGCUUGCAUGCUCCUGGGAUUUGACUGGCUUGAAUGUGAUUAUGAACACGUUUGAUGCAACAGCACAUUGGAAACUUGGUGGCAACGGGCUUGAGCUACGUAACGAUCGACCUCAUUUUGAAUCGGUGCGAGCAACAGCAUGUGUGAAACGAGGCAAAUGGUACUAUGAGACGUUGUUGCUCACAAAUGGGAUCAUGCAACUUGGAUGGGCCACGAGUCGAUGUCGUUUCAUACCCGAGGAAGGUUAUGGUGUUGGUGAUGAUUGUAAUGGGUUUGCAUUUGACACGUAUCGAACAGCUGUAUGGGCGGAUGGGGCAGCCGUUUAUCCGCAAAUGCGUAACAAGAUCCAAUGUCGUGCAGGAGAUGUGCUUGGCAGUUUUCUCGAUUUGGAUAAUGGCCUGUGCACGUAUUUCAUCAACGGGUGCGACCUCGGUUUGACGGUCGAGUUUGAACAUCCUUCAUCACGUCACCACCGUUUUGCCGGAAAGAGUAUCGGUCUAGGAUUGUAUCCAGCAGUGAGUCUCACCACGCAUCAACACAUCUUGCUCAACUUUGGAGAUCGUCCAUGGAUGUAUCCACCACCGGUCUCUGUGAAAUACAAGGGUGUCAGUGAAGCAGGUCGAUUGGAUGAUGGAUACAAGAAUCGCAUUCUUACCCACGUCCACAAAAAACAUCAGCGUACAAGUGCAGGUGGUCGGUCAACAGAUGCCUUGCUUAUGAGCAAUACUGAACACGAUGAUCAUCAAGUGAUGGCAAAUUCAAGCAGCGAUGAUGAAGAAUAUGAUUGGGAUGGACCACUUUGCACUAUUUGCUUUUCAGAGCCAAAGAAUGUAGUUCUUUUGCCAUGCAAGCAUACUGGCUGGGGUCAACGAUGUGCUGAUGCACUUGACAUGUGUCCUUUAUGUCGAGCUGAUAUUCAAGAUCGUGUACGUACAUCAUCUCCUGUUAUAAAGACAUGA